AUGGCGACCAUCCUUGUCAGGCUCGCGUUGGGCGGCCCGGUAGAAACCGGGCCCUUGGCGGCCGCCUUGGCGCUUGGUCCCUGCAAGGAUCGCAGCUCGGGUAACCCAGUAAGACUCUUGCAACCAGAUGAAAGGACGAGUUGCAAAGAGGAACUCACAUGUGAGGAUGAUGGUUACUACUGUCGCUCCUGCCAGAGGCACCGCGACAUGUACGAGGCGUCCAAAGCUAGGCGGGCUUGCGCCGUUGGGGGCUGCAAUAACGCCGCCCGCCAAACCUCUAAGGGUGUGAAGACAUCCCUCGGGCCCGCAGACCUUCGAAUUUAUGCCCACGACCUUCGGUUUUGGGGGCACGAUAAGGACUAUGGCUGCCUAGCCGCGUUCCCUUGCUCCUUCUUCAGUUCGCAUCGACUGAUUUUCGUGCGCAUCGACGUGCGGGGGCGAGUCACGCUUGAGGAGGUCCGCGGGGCCGACACCUUGUUGGACUCACCCCCCAUUUGGUUGGUCAUCCACCAGGGGCACAUGCGUUUCUUACUCCCGCCAACAGCACAGCCUCUGCCCGUUCACUGCCAUCCGGCGGACCCGGCGCGGCGUACCGGCCGUGGGUCCAGCAUCCUUGGCCUGCGCCCGCUGUUCCGACAAACGGGCCGGACCGUCAACUCCCUUCCCUUGCGGGUCGGCGGCCCACCACCCUCCGUUUGGUGCUAUGGGGCGGGCGCUCGCAUCUAUGUGCGUGCGCUGAGUCUUUUGGCGAUCACUGCCGUCUGGUUUGAGGGAGCCUGUUGGCCCGACUGUCAGGGUCCCGCGCACGUUUGGGUCGACUUCCGGGGUGACCCGGGCUUCCCCCGCGGCGCCCUGCGAUCUCUUCGCGAGUCUGCGUGCGCGCUCUUCGUUCACUGCGCUUGGUCCUCUGGGUGUAUGGGCUUGGGAUCAACUCUCACCUUUGAUCCCGUCCCCCCGGCUGACCGGUCCGGACAGUGCUUGUUGUGCGGCAGCAGCUGCCUCUACUUUGCCUUCCGUCCUCAGUUCCAUUUGUCAUCAACCCCUCGUUGCACGGGCUUUGGCCCCCCUUUUUGCUUCCUCGAUUCGGGCAGCCUCGAAGAUGGGGCAGGGAGCCCUGCCGUGCAGGGGGGGGGGGAGGAGCCCGGGCCGGCGGUUACCGCGCGCCCGCCGACGGUCAAUCAUUCGGUCAAUCACUCGAAACGGGAUCGGGGAGCAACUCACAAAUACCUCGUGGGUGUCCGGGAGGAAUGGGCCACGACCUUCACGCGCCCUAUGGUGUCCGCGCUCACCUUGCGCGAAUUGCUCGCUCUCCCAGGGUAUAAGGGGAAGGUUGUCUGGGCCUCUGGCGAUGCCACUUUGGACUGCGUGGCAGCGAUUGACUGGACGUCCCGCCAAGCAUUCUCCCUCCCAGUCGAUGUUUUCCGCGACCCGCUGCGCCAGUUCGUCUUCGGAGCAUCACAAGGAGAGGCGGAGGCGUCGUCUUUCGAGCCCAGCCCUCCGGAAGAAUUCAUUGUCUCCGUUACCGAGCUUCUUGCCGUUGUGGCUUUGGCUGCCGCCCGAGGCCCUGAGUGGCGGGGGCGUCUUGUCGCAUACGCGGGGGACAACCAAACGGUUGGCGUUUGGCUCGAAAAACGGCACACUCAUCGUGAGGGACGCGGGGCGGGACUCCGCACUACAGCUUUCCGCCCACCGGGCGGCCGGGCGGGCACGCCCAUGGCGCGACAACUUGACCCUCCGACGCCCACGCUGCUUAACCUGACUGUCCUCGAGUGGGAACCCGCCAUGGCCCGGUACUCGCUGGCUUUCGCAGCGCGUGGAGCCGCCGUUUUUCUCGGCGGAGAGGACGUUCGAAGCACGGCGCCGGUCCCCCUCUGGGAUGGCCGGAGAGGAGUGGACAUAGUUGUUUGCAGCCUUGUUCCAAACAGGGUUGACCCAGUUGCCCUGGCCCGAGGCGCGUUUCGCGCCCCGGCCACGGGCAUCUGGGUCGACGCACUGAGCCGUGGUCGCCAUGCAACAGUGCAGUGGACGAACCCUACGCGACCAAGUCUGGUGGCGGAGUUCAAGCCUCCUCUUGCUUGGAGCUGUCCGGCUUCCGAGCGCCAACUUCUAUGGGACCCUGAGUGGCCCCUCCCGGCGUUACACGCCAACAGCUGGCUCAAGCAGGAUGAGGCUCCCAGGCGGGACUCGUUAUGGCUGUUGCAAGCUGUGCCCAAUGGACCAGGAGCACGCUGCAUCCUAGCUCAGGAGGCCUUCUUUGCCGCCUCCGACUUGUCCUGGGAGGAAGCUGGGCCCCGCGCGUUGCAGCUUGCCUUGCAAAACGGAGGCCCAGGACGCCGUGCUCGCGUGGGUCGCAGCAGCAGGACAGGAACCAGACCGGUUCCGGGGGGCCCGACGUCGUCCGCGGCGCGUUUCGCGCCCGGACCGACGGAGGGUCACGUCGAGCACCCGACGACAGAAGGGUAG